GGGUUUUUGUUUUUCUAUACGAUUGGGAACGUAUAUGACGUACAAACAUGGCUACCAAGUAUCAGCACUAGGACUGAAGAUAUACAUAACGACCACGACAACACGAGUAUUGUGUGUGUCAAUUUUAAAGGACGACUCGGAAAUCUUAUGAUGGAAUAUGUCUUCUUAUACAUAAUAGCGAAGAUUAAAAAACUAUAUCCUAUCCUCCCUGAAAAUUCAGAAUUAGUUCAAUUGUUUAACAUUCAAGAAACGACACUUCGGGCGAUAAAGAAACCCCAAAAUGCGUGCUCAAAAUUACCAUUACACAAAGAAAGAUGGGGACUUACAUAUGACGAGAAUUUGCUCAGUGUACCGCCUUCCAAAGGAGUGAGAUUUGAUGGUUACUUUCAGUCAUGGAAAUACUGGAUAAAAAAUGAAAAGGAAAUUCGGGAUAUUCUAACUUUCAAAGAACCGAUACGGAAAAAAGCAUACACACAGCUGAGGGAUAUCCUGAAUCAGAUGAAGUUUAUUGCGACUAAGGAUAGCGUUAUAGUUAGCAUACAUAUCCGAAGAGGGGAUUAUGCAACAGAACAACAUUAUAAGUAUGGCAAAUUAACACCAAAUGAAACUUACUACAAGCAUGCCAUGGACUAUUUUAAAAAGCGGUAUCGAAAAGUUUUAUUUAUUGUAGGUUCUAAUGACAUGGAAUGGUCUAAAAAUGCACUAGCUACUGAAACAAAUGUUUACUACUCAACAGGGAAUUCAGCAGCAGAAGACAUGGCCCUGCUUUCUCUCGCCAAUCAUACCAUCAUGUCUGUGGGAACUUUUGGCUGGUGGAUUGGAUGGAUGGCGCGAGGAACCAGUUUAUAUUAUAAAAACAUCUUUAGACCCGGAUCUGAAUUUGCCAAAGAGUUUCGAAAUAAUUCAGUUGAGGAUUUUAUUUACCCCGGAUGGAUUCCAAUGGAAUAAAUGCAGAAUUAUAUUUUUCAAGAACAAAGUUGAAAUUUUAAAGGUUUCCAAACUCAAUUUGGCAGAUGAUUCUUUUGAUAAUUAUGCUAAGCUUUGACGCCUUUCUUGUUUCGAUUUUAUUUUUAUUUUUAGGUCAUAUGGGUAACUCAGAUGAUCUAUUUCUAUCUGUUUUCGUCCGCCGUCGUACGUCGUUCGUGAUCUUUGAACAUUUUCAGCUUUUUCUUUAGAAUGGCUGCAUGGACCAAUUUCAACCAAUUUUCUAAUAAAGCAUCUAUGGUUAAAGGGGGAAAAGUUGUCAAUAAUAUGGCUCUGCCUGCUUGGGCCUGAGGGUAAGACCAAAGCCAUUUUAAAAAAUUAAUCCUCGAAAACCUCUUCCUUUGUACAUCUAGCAGGAAAACUAUCGACAUGAUUUUUAUAAGCAAUUAGCUUUUUAGAAAAUUUUGAAAUUCAUGGCCCCUGGGUUCAGCCUACAGGAUGAAGCUAAGAUAUCAUAUAUUGAGAAUUCUUUACUUGUACACUGAUAUUUCCUUUAAAGAAACAUGUUGUUCAAUUGUCUAUUUGAUGAAAUGGUUUAAUCUUAUUUGUGUAACUUUAUCCUCUGUUAGCAUUUUCAGAGAGUCUAAAAUGUUACAUGUACAAGGCAUACUCUUUUCUGGGACCAAGGUUCAAAAUGAACCUUACUACAUUAUUCUGAGUAAAUUGUAAUCUAUGUU